UUGCUAGGAUAAAUAAAUCCCUGGUUACAAUGAAAGUCAAUUUGUGUGUGUGAUCGGGAAACUAAAAUCUUUUUGUUUUAUAUCGAAAUUUGAGUGGAAAUAUAACACCAAUUGCUGUACAAAAGGUUGUUAUUUGAUCCUGACAUUAAAACAAAAGCAAUACAAAAAUGGAAUCCUCCAAAAUCUUCCUGGCUCUUUGUCAAAACAAUGAAGAAGAUGCUAUAAAGACAAUAGAAGAAGAUGAUAAUGAUGAUGACUUUAAAGUUCGAGAUGAAAGUGGCAGAACUCUUCUCCACAAUGCUGUUCUGAAGAUGAAAUCUGUCAAUGUUUUCAAGUCUCUACUAAAGAAGGUAGACUUCAGUGUAAAAGAUGAGAAUGGCGAUACAGCAAUUGACCUUGUUUUUGAAGAUGAAGACUUUCCCGAGGAGAGUGAACACGUUUUUCGGGAUUUUGUCAGAGAGAAAAUCAUGGGAAGCAAGAAAGUUGACCUUGAGGAUCUGACUCUGAAAGGUUGGCUGGAUAUUUGGCUAUCAGAUGGUGAUGACAUUGAUGAUGAUAAAGAUGAAGUUAAAGAGUUUAUGAAAGAGCUUCCUGAUACCAAGGCAAAGGUAGAAAAUCUUCAUAAAGCUGUUGAGGAGAGCAAAUGGGAUGAUGUUAGAGAGCUUCUGGAAGAUAAAAAAUUGAUCAAAGCAGCUGAUAGAACUGGACUUCCAGUUCUCCAUAAGGCCAUAAUACUUGGUGAAGCUGAUAUUGCUGAGAAAAUUGCCAAAGAAUUUAUUGAAGCACUAACAGUUACAGAUCAUAUGGAUCGGACACCACUACAUUAUGCAGCUGGACUUAGAGAUGCUGGACACCUUUAUAAAGUUCUAACAGACGCUGGUGCUCAAGAUGACGUCAAAGAUAUUAAUGGUAAAACACCCAAGGACAUCUAUGAGGACCCAGACUUAUUACCUGGUGAGAAAGUAGUGGAGAAAGUAAAAGAAAAGCUCAGGAAACCAGUGUUAACAUCAAAGAAAAAGAAACAAGAAGUAUCUCAAGAGGAAAGCACUCAGCAAGAAGAAAGUUCCCAAACAAAAGCAGAUUCGACAGAAGAGCAAGCUGAUGAAAAAUCAACAUCUCCUCCACCCCGCUCCUCCCCAAUUCUUCAAAAACCGAAAGAAGAUCCAAAUAAACCAGUCCAGAUGUACAUUUCACCAGAUGUCCGCCCAAACCCACCACCUACAACAGUGGAUGGCAGAUAUGUAGCUGAUCAUCUGGGUCAUGCAUUGACAAUGGCUUUAUCUGAGAUAUCAGAACGAAGACCUUGGGAUCCCAUAGAGUAUCUCGCACAUUGGUUAUACAAAUACCAGGAAAAUGCAAACUACAACAAAAGGCAACAAGAUUUAUUAAAUGAGAUAAGAGAAGAGGAAGCAGCCAAGAAACGAGAACUGGAGAUUAAAGAGAAGAGGAAAAUAGAGCUAGAGAGGUUGAAGGAAGAGGAGAGAAGAAAACAAGAGGCCAUGGAGGAGGAGAGGAAGAGGAAAGAGCAAGAAGAACUUCAGAGAAAGGCAAAAGAAGCUGCCUUGUCUCAGCAACCUGGUCUGGAGACUGUCAUGGAAGAUAAAGAAGAAGAUGAAACUCCUAAAGAGAAAUCACACAAAGAUGAGAACGGACAGACAGAACUACACAAGCUGGCAGCCCAGCAAUCAGCUGACCUGACCACUUUGAUGUCUAUGGGAUACAGCCCGGCGGAUAGAGAUGUCAAUAAUAAAACACCAAGAGAUAUAGCUGUUGACAGUAACAUUAGAGAAAAUGUUGAAGCAAUAGAUAAGUAUGUACAGAAACUGGUAGAGAUGGAAGAGUUUGAUAAGCUACAAGAUCUGUUACUGGAAGGUUAUGACAAGAUUGAUGUCGUUCUUGACAAACUUAAAGAACAGACAACAAGUUUACCUGAAGAAACUCAAACUUUCCUAAAGGAAUUACCAGAUCUCCAGGAAAGAAUUGGUGCAGUUUUUAAAGCAGUACAAACAGAGGGUAUCAGAGAUCUAAAUCAAGCUUUAGAGAGGAAGAAACUAGCUGUAGCCAAAGACGAGUACGGUCGUUCACCACUACAUAUAGCCGUCCUAGUGGGACACAAAGAUGCUGUGGAACAUUUAACAAGCAAUUUUCCUGCUGCCAUGAAAUGUAAAGAUAAUUUGGACAGAACACCUCUACAUUACGCUAUGGCAGUCUCAGAAGAGAUGGUAUCACUUCUACAAAAACAUGGAGCAGACACCCUGGCUUUAGAUGUUAAACAAAGAUCACCUUCAUAUUAUAAAGAACAUUCAGAUGAGAUAACUUCAAUGAGGGGAUCUCUGACUUCAAUUUUCACUGGUACCCAAGAGCAAACACAAGAUGAAACCAGUCAACAGGAAGCUACUGGGCAGGAUACCAGUCAACAGGAAGCUGUUGAACAAAGUGAAGGACAACAGGAAAUGGGUCAGCAACAAGAAUGAGCUGCUUUUUCUUGACCUCUACUGUUAACUUUCAGACAAUUGAAGCUCAAAAUUACAUAGUUUAAAAAAAAACACUAACUGUGAACUGGACAACCAUUCAUUAAUACAUGAGGCAAAUAUAUAAAAAAUAAAUAAGUGCCAAUUUAUCAUUAACAAUUAUCUUUGGAGAAAUUUGUCCAUUAAAUUCCUUCUGUGCUAAAAAUCUACGCAAUGUGUACAAAUUCUUACUUUUAUAUAUUUACCAUGUACCUAUUUAGAUUUACAGACUAUAUUUUGUUUGCUUUUGAUAUUUUUGAAGAGAAUGAUAUUUAUAAUAAUGUGAUAUAUUAUAUGUUUUAUAUGUUUUAGUUUUAUUAGCAAUUUUCUUUUUAAUAGAUUUUUAAAUUUCUACAAACAUUUUCUAUGAAAAUAAAACAAAAAACUCAACUGUGUUGA